AACUCCCCCUCCAACUCCUCACCGCUGUGUUGGGGCCUGAGCCGGCGGGGCUCUCAGGGCAGUGCGGGGGUUCAAGGCUGGGAGACGGCUGCAGUGUGCUGGGGGGAGGGGGUGGAAAGCUGUGGGGCACGGAGGUGGGGGGGUUCACCCUGUGCUCUGGGGAUGGAGGGGGACACCGGGAUCUGUGGGGAGAGGGCGCCCCGUCCCUGACCCCAACCCUUCUCCCACUGUUAUCCCCACCAAACACCCCCCAGAGCGACCCCGGGAGCCCCGAGCAAAGAUCCCCAGCAGCCACAUGGCCUCGCUGUGCCCCCCGCCCCCCCUUCCCAAGCUCCUAUCCGUGCCGUCUCUCCUUCACCCACUCUUUGUUGUUUCUUGCGAGAAGGAAAAAAAAAAAAAAAAAAGAGAGAAGCCAAACCCCAAACCAGGAGGCAGGAGCCUGUUUUGCCUCCCAGGCAAUAUUUCUGGAGCCAAUCGGAAUGCGCACCCACCCUGCCCCGCUCCCUAAUUAAAGGCUUUGGAGCAGGGCCGCCCGCAGCUCUGGGCACACACUCACGGGUCGCCUCUCGGCAGGAGCAGAUCGGGGUACGUUGUGGGUAGAGGGGGGUCCCGGGCGGGCUGCAGCCCCCCGAGCUGCAGCGAUGAGCGGCUCCUUCGACAAGAAACUCUCCAGCAUCCUCACCGACCUGUCGGGCUCGCUGAGCUGCCAUGCCUCCUCCAAGGACUCCCCGACGCUUCCCGAGUCCUCCGUCACCGACCUGGGCUACUACAGCGGCCAGCACGACUUCUACCCCGGCCAAUCCUACGGGCAGCCCGUCGCCCAUUACCCCUACCCCCAAUUCAACCUCAACUCCAUCGGCGCCGGCGGAACCUAUUCCCCCAAAUCUGACUAUUCCUACAGCCCGUCCUACCGGCAGUACGGCCACUUCAGGGACCAGCAGCUCCCGGCGCAGGAUGCAGUGUCGGUGAAGGAGGAGCCGGAGCCCGAGGUGCGGAUGGUCAACGGGAAACCCAAGAAGAUCCGCAAACCCCGCACCAUCUACUCCAGUUACCAACUGGCGGCCCUGCAGCGCCGCUUCCAGAAAGCCCAAUACCUGGCCCUGCCCGAGCGCGCCGAGCUGGCGGCCCAGCUGGGGCUCACCCAGACCCAGGUGAAGAUCUGGUUCCAGAACCGCCGCUCCAAGUUCAAGAAGCUCUACAAGAACGGCGAGGUGCCAUUGGAGCACAGCCCCAACAACAGCGAUUCCAUGGCCUGCAAUUCCCCCCCAUCGCCCGCCGUCUGGGACAGUGCCUCGCACGGCAGCGCGCCGGGACGGACCCCCCUGCCACAGCCGUUGCCCUACAGCCCCUCGCCCGCCUUCCUGGAGGAGCACAGCCCCUGGUACCACCCGCAGAGCCUCGCUGCCCCCCACCAGCCCCCCACCACCAUGCACCACACCUCGCCGGGGCCGCCCCCCAACCCGGGCGCCGUCUAUUAACCGCGUUGGGCAGAGACAGUGCAGAACUCCUUCUUUUCCCUUUUUCUUUUCCCCACCGCCUCCCCCCUCCCCCCUCCCCCUCCCCUCGAUUAUUAUUAUUAUUAUUUUUUAAAGUGUUCCAGGACACUCGUGUACACACACACCCCUAUGUAUCUACUUCUAUAUCCUCUCCUCUCCCGGCUCAUCUCAGGAACAACAGGGACUGCAAAGGGUUGAACUCGUGAGCUCUGCGCCCAGGGGACACCGCCGCCGCCCCCCAACAACUGCAUUCCCCCCCCCUCCGACCCACAGGAGAGACAUUUGGGUGACCGUCACCCCACCUCGGGGUCCCCGUGGAGCUUGUGGGGCGCCGUGUGGGAUGGAGACAUGAGGACCAAAGCAAGGUGCCACCCCCACCUGGAGCAGGGGGCACCCCGCACCCUUACGGCACCCAAAAUCCAGCGCCGUGCAGGGACCAAGAGCUGUGGACUAUGGGUGCUCCAUGGGGUGUGGGUGCACCGCAGGGCUGUGGGUGUUCUAUGGGGCCAUGGGUUCUCCAUGGGGAUGUGGGUUCUCCGUGUGGCCAUGCGUCCUCCAUAGGUUUUCCAUGGUGCAAUGGGUUCUUCAUGAGGCUGCAGGUGCUCUAUGGGGUCUCCAUGGGGGGCCGUGGGGUCUCCAUGGGGUCGUGGCUUCUCCAUGGGGCUGUGGGUUCUCCAUGGGACCAUGGGUUCUCCAUGGGGCUGUGAGUUGUCCAUGUAGCUGUGGGUACUCUAUGGGGCCAUGGGUUCUCCAUGGUUUCUCCAUGGGGCCGUGGGUUCUCUGUGGGGCUGUGAGUUGUUGGUGGAGCUGUGGGUUCUCCAUGGGGCCGUGGGUUCUCCAUGGGGCCGUGGGUUCUCCACAGGGCCAUGGGAGCUCUGUGGGGCUGUGAAUGUUCCAUAGGGCUUUGGAUGAUCCAUGGGGCCAAAGGCGGCUUCGCAGGACCCCGACCUUGGGGACGGCGCUCAGACGACGAGGCGGUUAUUUAACAAUUAAAAAUAUAACUAAAAAAAAAAAAAAAAAAAAUUAAAAAAAAAGGGGAAAAAAGGGGUGGGGGAGAAAAAGUAUUUUAAUAUUUAAACAGUUUGGGAACGGCUUAAGUUAUUUUUUUUUUGAGAGAAAAGUGGUGCAAAGCGUCUGUUUUCUCCGAGUGCCUCCAACGCUGUCCUUUAAGCUAACAGGGAAGAGGAAGGCGUUUUUUAAGUGAACCUCCACGCAUUUAACACGAAAACAAACCAAAAAAGCCCCCCCAACCCCCCCCCCCCCAAAAAAAAAAGAAACAAACAAAAAAAAACUUUACUAUUUUUUAAGAGAGCGACGCUAUUUUUUUAGGAAGAAGUGCCGUUUUAAAGAUGUGUCCCUCUGCGUUGUACAGCCCCCAGGACCUUAUUUAUGUUGCCUUAUAUAUAUAUA